AAUGAAGCCAUUCACGAUCGAUUUCAGGUGACACUAACAGAGCAGCAGCAGCAGCGAUGAUUCUUCUAACUGAGCCUGAACAAACACACACGGGAUGAUUAGACGUGGAAACCACCCGAGAGCCCUGGCGAGUAAACGGUUAAGCUACAGAUAAAAUACCAUGGGUUUGCUGAACUUUGUGAUAACAACUGUAGGAAAAUGCCUGGACGUGGUGUGUUUGCUGCUGGACCUGAACUUUGUGGUGGUCCACACCGUGCUGCGGACGGUGCUGGCGGUGCUGACCUUCAUCACCAACCUGCCCGGCCUCUUCAUCACCGCCCUGCUGUCGCUGGGCAACCUCAUCCUGGUCUCCAUGACGACCAUGGCCGAGGCCACGACCCACCUGGCCCACGGGGCGGUCAGCGUGCUGGGCAGCGUGCUGCUGGCCCUGGAGGGGCUGCUGGAGAGCCUGAAGAUGAUGGGUUACCUCUCCAUGCACGUCGUCCUCCGGGGAAAGGAACACCUGUGUCGGAGUCUGUUGUCGGUGUUGGAGGGCUGUGGCAUCGCCGUCAGUCUGGUGGUCUACUUCACCAAUACUGUGGUGAAUUUUGUACUCAUCGCCACCCAGAACGUGUACCUGGCGGUGGUCGGGGUGUGGCAGACGGUGUCUAGCCCGCUGCAGAAAGUGCUGGAGCUCACGCUGACCUCUUUCACCUGUCUGUACAGCUGCCUGGCUGGCACGUCGGCUUACCUGUGGUCUCCUUGCAAGCUGAUUUUGGACUUUUUGGUUUCCCUGGUGCACAUGUUCAUCAGUAUCUUCAUACUGAACAUCUACGGCUUUCUGCUCACCGUCACUAUCGCCCUGACGACGACCGUCUACCUCAACCCAGGACUGACCAGGCAGGCAGCCGUGUACAUCGUGGAUUACAUGAACUCAUUUCCUGCUCUUCGUAGACUGUAUCUAGCUGUCCAGAGCCUUGUUUUGGCCCUGUGGAGUAUCCCACAUUUUCUAUGCCAUAACAUGCAACACCUUCAGAGGAUGUUGCGUCACCUCUGGCUACUGGAGAGAAGGUUGUGGCUGCAGCUGUCUCAACACAGCAGCCAUCUGAGGGUCUUUCUGCGGACACGGCUACACAGAGACAACGGCAACAGAAUACGAGGCGAUGGCGACCCUGGACAGGAGACACGGGACCCGCCGGAUGGGAGAGCAGGAGAUGGAGCCAACCAGGAACUGCCAGAUUUAGUUUUCCCCUCAUCGAGCACAGACAGACCGCUAAAGAAGCAGUCAUCUUCAGGCAAAGGUGGGAAACCUCUACCUGCUGAUGAUCUGCUUAUGCUCCUCAAGGAGCAGGAGGAGAGGAAGAAGUGUGUGAUCUGUCAGGAUUCUAAUAAGACGGUGGUGCUGUUGCCAUGCAGACACCUCUGCCUUUGUCGAGACUGUACAAACAUCCUUUUGAGGCAACCUAUCUACCAACAGAACUGUCCUCUCUGUCGUCACAUGAUUCUCAACACUAUGGACGUCUAUCUAUGAGCGACCAACGGAGGUGGAUCCAUGGGUGCCUCACAGAAGGAGUGCCUCAGCCUUGCAGUAUUCACAACCAGAUAAGUUAUUGUAAUAAGUCUGGUGACAUUUUAUCUACAAUUUUCCAUCUGCAUAAUCUCACGGUAAGCCCAAGAGUAAAAGAAACUCCUCUUCUUUAGCAUUUUCAAUCAGCUUCAGUCAUGUUUAUUCCUGGAGAAGUUGCAGAUCUUUAAGAAAAGAUAAAUACAAAUAAUGAAUUGAUUUAUUUUCACCCAUUGCUCUGGAGUUUUCUAGAAAUGGUUCAGAAACAGGAGUAGCUUGAGGAAACUAAUGGGCUUGGACUACACGCAGAUGACGUUUGAUAAAACUCUAGCUUAUUUUUGGUUGUGGAUUGCUUUGGGUUUCUGGAAAACAAAUCAAAAUUUCACUAUAUUUUUUUUUCUUUUUUGGGGGGGAAGAUUAAGACGGAGUAUUAGGGCCAAACAAAAAA